AAAAGUAUGCCGAUUUCCUUUUCCUGGCCACAGCAGAGCAGCCAAACGGUACACAAGAAAAAUACAAAGAAACAUAAAAGGGUGGAAAGAAAGAGAGCAAAGGGCUGUGAUCGGCUAACACAGGAGCAUCAUAAUCGCAUGGUGUGGAUUUCCGCUUUGGCACAUUUACUUUAAGCUACACAGCAGUGGCAGGGACACACCACACAUACAACACAUGCAGAGUUACUCUACUGUACUAGCUGUACCAGAGCUACACUAUGGCGCUGUGAAGAGGGAGCAAGCUCCACUCCACCAUGCACUCCACCAUGCAAUCCACCACGAACUUCAAUGGGCUCCAGCGACAGGGCAGCCAGGACAGUUACAUUAUGGAGGUCUCUCCGCGGAAGAAGGGUCCUCUAUGGUAUCGGCGCUCUCUGAGGGGACAUCAUGACAAACCCAGUCAGAAUGGGGGGACUACUCCCGGGACUCUGCCAAGAGGCUGGAAACAGUCCAACAGAACCCGCUCAAACUCCUUGGUGGAUUAUUCUGACCCUCAGAGGACUACUGUUAUAAUGCAAAAGCAAGACAAUGAGACGUUUGGAUUUGAAAUUCAGACAUAUGGUGUGCAGCUGAAGAACAGCACUGCGGUGGAGAUGUGCACAUUUGUGUGCAAGGUGCAGGACGAUAGCUCAGCUGAGAGUGCAGGCCUGACCACCGGUGAUGUUAUCGUCACCAUCAAUGGGGUCAGCAUUGAGGGGUCGAGCCAUCAGCACAUCGUUGACCUGAUUCGAGAAUCCAACAACUUUUUACAGAUGGAGACGGUGUGUGGGACGGUGGUGAAGAGGAUUGAACUGGAGAAGAAGAUGAGCUUGCUCAAGCAUACCCUGGGAGAGAAAUGGGUGGAGUUGCAAGCACUCACAUUACAGGAAAAACGCCUUACGCGAGGUAACCUGAAUGACAGUUCUCUACACCCCUCUAUGGACUCCCUGAUGUCUCUACUGUCUCCGUCUGGACACAGUGACCACUGUGGCCACCGUUUCUCCAGUGACAGUAGCUGCCGGAGUGGGAUGACAGAGGACAGUGACCUGGCCAGUGUGUUUGGGGACCUGAGCUCUCCCAGCCCCUGCAAUGUGGCCAGUCCAGAUGAUAGCUGCUUCUUCUCCACAGACUUCCCCCAGGAAAUGCCCAGGGCCCCGGCCAGCCUCAGCCGUCCACGCAGCGAUAGCCUGGCUGGCAGCAGUGGCUCCCUCUCCUCCACUUCUUGGGACCCCUCCAGAGCCUCCUCCCUGUUCGGGACACUCCCCAGGAAGGCUAGGAGAGCCAGCGUCCGCAAACACAUCCUGAAGUUCAUCCCUGGAUUCAACCACUCAGUGGAGGAGGAGGACACCUGACCUGAGCUAUGAACGAACACUACAGUAGGUCGGUUGUGAUGUUCAAUACAAACAUUUCCUGCUGAGACUGAAGCAUUGCCAAUAUGGAAACCGUGCCCCUGGCUCAGGAGUAGCCACUCAAUGAACAUUAUUGGGAUGAGAAGCAUUAGGAGGUAAAGAGAAAUCUCCCUUUGACAAAGGCCUUCAGUUAUCUAUUACUGUAUACGUGAUGCACAAUUUUCAUAAUGAGAAGACAGCAUUAAUCCUUAUAACGGUAACAAUUAUUUGUAAUAUAGAACACGGGAACUCAGUUCAUGUGUGUGCAGACAGUGCAACAAAGAUUGUGCUUACCAUUUCUAAAAAUGUUACCAUUGUAUGUAGGGUGAUAACUAUGCAUGAAAAGCCAUGAUUUUACUCAAUUCAAUAUUUUGCUUGUAUAUAACUUGAGAAGUGUUAUGCUUUGCAUAUUUGAAAGAAUUUACCAGCAACAGUCUGUCAGGUUUGUCACCUAAAAAGUGUGAGUUCUUAACCAGGUAGCUAACUUCAUAGUUCAAAACAGGAUGUGGGCAGAGAAGGAGCUACUUUCUUGACUAUUUUUGUACCCAAACCCAAGUUUCAGGUUAUCUACAACUUACUUUCAGUCUUGAUAGUUAUACUACAAAUAACAACCGUCUUUCCUCUAAUUCAUGGCAUUUUAACAGAGUGCCAUGGAAUGUUACUCGACUGUUUUGAAUGUAUGCUUGAUGUGCCAUUUGCUGCUUUCAUUGAGAUUCAAAAGACAUGUUUGAAAUUCCCUGAAGACAAGUGACUGUACACUUUUACACAAAGUGUAUAGUGACAAUUUAGGAACCAACUAUUUACAUAUUCUCUCUCUCAUACUGCCUUCUAUUAUUUAAAGUACAUCUAUGUGAGAGUGAAAAAAAAUAACUGAUUAACAUCCACUAGAUGGCAUUGCAAGCAUUAAAUGCUUAGGACUUUGAAUUAUUUCAGAACAUACGGUACAAUGCCACACUGUAAAAGGAGAAUGAGGUUCACAAUAUCUUGCCAAAUGUGAUGCCAGUGGGGUUCUGAAGUGGGGCGGCGGGUAUCCUGGUGGUUAAGAGCGUUGGACUAGUAACCAAAAGGUUUCUGGUUCGAAUUCCCAAGCUGACUAGGUGAAACAUUUCAUUGUGCCCUUGAGCAAGGCACUGAACCCUAUUUGCUCCUGUAAGUUGCUGUUGAUAAGUGAGUCUGUGAAAUAAAAGUAGAACAGUUAAAGGAAAUGUACAUAUACUGGAUGACCUACACCAGAAGAUUGGAAUCCCAAAGCACAACAUUGGGGCACUCUAUGCUUAUUCUUCCAGACCAGGGGAGACCAGAUUAACCCCUUAACAAAAACACGAUGGUGUUUUUCUCUACGACCUCCACAAGUGUCAGGGGACUUGUCUGAAUGUAACCCGUAGUAACAAAUGGAAGUAGUUUUGCGGCAACAAAAAAGGUUAAAUAUGGAGAAAUAUAUAUAUACACACACACAUACAU